UAGACACACAGACUUCACACAGUGUAAUUUACUCACCUGUACCUGUGGGAGAAUUCUAUGUAUGUGAAUUCAGACAUGAUGAAAAUACAGAAAGAUCAUAUGCAGUAAUGUUCUUGUCAGGGCACUUAGUUUACACAAAUUCAUUAUAAAAAUUUAGAUUUACCAACAAAGUGCAAUUCGGUUCAUUGAGCACCUGCAAAAACAAGUGGUGGUCAUGGUUAUUCACUGAUUGUGGAGGCUGAGGCUUUUCAUUUAUAUUUUAUAUACCAGGUGCCGCAGGCAUGGAUCAUUUCAUGAAAGAGGAUGACCCUGCAGGGCCUCCUUAUUUUGCAGAUGAGGAAACUGAGGCUCAGGGAAGUUAAGAAAUGAGCUCAGAGAGGUUAAGGAGCUUGAGACUCCACAACCAGUAAUGGUUGAUGUGGUCUCUGUCACCAUAUCAUGCUGCCUCCAGUAGGAUCCUUUAAUUACAUUUUAAUAGAAUGAAUUUUAUUAAAUUUUUACAUAGAUAUACUUUUGUAGCCUUGGCUAACCCCUUCCAACUGAGAGCCAGUGACUUGCUCAAAGUCAGAGUGCAUCUCUGGGGAAGGCGCCCCCAGCCCCGUGAUUCCUGACUGCCCCGUCUCGGUGCCCUGGAUCUUCAGGAGCUCACAGAGAGAAAUGAGGCGCAGCUGCCCCCAAGCCCUCAGAAGUGUGAGGGGGUCACUGCCAGCAGGUUUGGAAAGACAGAUGGUUCCCUCUGGAGCAAUAAACAGAUUAGCUAAGGAGGUGACCCAGCAGGCCAGCCCCAGAGCUGAGCGCAGAAGGCUGAAAAGAGGAUUUAGUCAGCUCGGUGAACUGAUUCACUCAAAGAAAAGUAAGACAGUUUGUGGCAUGAGCUUGUCAACCCCCUUCCCUCUUGCCAGUUGAUGACGAUUUAAUGUGUUGGUAUGUUUCCAGGUCACUUUCAGGGGUCUGAAAUUCUUGGCUAGACAGGGAAGAUCAUUGGAGCCUGCCCGUGCACUUGCACUGCCAGGACUGGGACAGCUCUUUUGAAGAAGGAAGAGAGAUUAUCCAGUUAUAAUUUUGAACCCCUUUCUUGUGAAACUCCAUGCCACUCGCCAUUUAUAUCCUGCUUUAGAUUGUUGGGGUUUAUUUAUUUGAAUAACUACAAAGUGGACAUCUCGGGAUCAUUGUCUUUAAGAAUAUGUAUAAAAAACAUUUGUCUUCAAUGCAGGCAAGUCUGAAGAUAAGAAAAUGGACUAGAUUACCACUUAGUUUCUUGUAUAAAAGCUUUGAUACACAAGAAAAAAAAGUGUGACUUUUGGUUCUUACUCUUUUUAAAAAAAAUGGACAUGUAAAAAUUGUAUAUAUUUAUGGUGUGCAACAUGAUGUUUGGAUAGAUGUGUACAUUGUGAAAUUUUUUAAUCCAGUUACCACAUCCAUUACUUCACAUACUUACCAUUUGUUUAUAGUGAGAACAUUUGAAGUCUACUUUCUUAGCAGUUUUCAAGUAUGCAAUACAUUAUUAUUAACAAUAGCUCCCAUGUUAGACAAUAGAUCUCCAGUGGUUCUUAUUAUUCUUAACAGCUCAAGUGAAGCAUUAAAUAAGAUCCAGGCUUGCCUUCUUAUUUAGUUGUCAGACUAUUUUUCUCCCAUUUUGUUUAUUUCUAGUCGCAUAAUUGCACAGCUGAAAGAUGAGAAAUUACCACUUCUGUGCCAUACACUUGAUUUUGUCGAUCUAAAGGGGGACAGAAGGGGUGUGGGAAUAGGGAGAACUGAGGUUUGAUGUGAAACUCAAAAUUGGAGAUUGUAGAGGCACAGCAGAAUUGCUCAAUAGUAAGCUUAUUCUCCAGAAAUUUUUUUACCAACUUUAUUACAUUGGUGCAAGUUGAUUCCUUUUGAAUAGGAGACCUUUCCUUUACUGUAUAUUAUUAUGGCUAUAAUAAUAGCAGUUACCAUUGAAUGCAUUACUUAUAUGCUACACGGUAUAAGCUGUUCUCACUGACUAAGGUAAAAAAAAAUGCAUGCCACUGAAAGCCGCAGAAUUCUACAUUUAAGUAUUUAAGAUUAUUUCUCCAACAGCAGACGGAGGAUGCUGUGCAGGGAUAGAGCACAGGGAACCUUUCAUUUAUGCAUCAUAGGAAAGGGUGGAAUUACAACACAGCACUUUUAUUUUAUCUUUCUUUCCUCCAACCAUGUCCCCAUAAGCUCUGGAUUAGCCAGCUAGAGGCCUGAUCCCUGAACGUCUUUCUACAUAAAGACACAUUGGCUGUAGGUUAGUUUUGGUAGCACGGGGAGCCUAAACCCUGGAGAGGGGAAAGUGGGGUGAAGGGAAGAAGAAGCUUUAGUAAUGAAAUAAUGUAAAUGUGCCAAGUACUUUCACUUAAAAUCUACGAUUUAUGCCUUCAUUAUAGCCUCUACAACUGUAUGUGGCAAAUGCUAAAAUAUAAAAAUAAAGCAUGCAUGCAGAUUAAAUUUUUUACAAUAAAAAUUUCUCUAUAACAUAAAAUAUUCCCCGCUCUUAGGCAAUGGCUUCCUUCAAAACUGAUGAAUUUCAGCUAAAAAAUACAGAAGGUCCAUGAAUGUCAAGCAAAAUUAGAUUUAACUAGUAAUUCAGGUGUUAACAAAGGCUACACUAAUUACUGUCCUCUCUCCUGGCUGGUUAAGGGAUGAGUCUAAACCGUGGUUCUCAAACAGGUUACCUUUUUAAAAUACACUUAUUCAAGCUCGUAGUUCUGAGCCCGUGGGCUCUCCUAAAGUCAUUGUUCUAAACCACUCUUAGGAUGAAAAGAGAGAUGUGUAUGAUACAUAUCUAAAGUAUUGAUGGGUUUUCAAUAUCUGCAGGGCUUAUGAGUAUGUAUAAGUUUAUUCUCAGUUUAAUGAUUAAUUUAUGAAUUUUACACAUCUAAUAAAUGAAACUUUAAAAUGGAUUUUUGUUAAACAUUUAAGCAUUGAUUAAAAGCUAAAUUAUAUUUCUAUAACCAAUUUAAAAAGCAGUUGCUAAUCUAAUAUAGCUGUUUCUUUUAAAGUUUUCAGACACCUUAAAGGGUAACUAAAACAACACAAAAAUAGUCAUUACAAAACCAGUUACUACAUUUACAAUUCUACCUGUUUCAAAAUAUUCACAUCAUUGGUUUAAUUCAAAUCUUCAUUCUUCCUACAUAACAUCAUAGGGGUUCAGAAAUGUCGCAUUAAUUAAUACCUGUCUCAGCUUAAUAACAUGAGAAAAAAAAAUAGCUGCAGUUACUGGACCUGGAGGAGAUAUCACCUGACUCCCAGGCAGGGCACUGGUCACCAGUCUGAACUGCCUCAUGGGCGAAGUUCAUUUGUUCAUUUGUUAUAAAGUUUACUUAUUACAAAGUACGUUUGGGGAUCGGGGGGAGGUAUUUUUUGGCUUGGUUCAACAGGAAUGCUAUUAACAGCAAUAAGGAACAAAGGGGAUCCAUGGAAGGAAGGAGAGUUCUCUUGGAGACAGACUGAGUCUAAGAUGCUAGCAUUGUGUCUUCUGGGUACAUUCAGCAGGCAGGUGAAAAUGCAGACCUAGAGCUCAGAGGCCAUCUGGGCAGGAGACCCAAGUUUGGAAGUCAUCUAGUAAGAGGUGAAGCUGGACUAUGUUACCUAGAGGGAGUGACCAGAAAGAGAAGAGGCUGAGAAGAGCAGUAGGAAGAAGAGAGUUGCGAAGUGGGGUGUUUGGCCACAUCUCUUAUUUACAGAGAGCUCGGCAGGGAGGCCAGUUGAGCAUGGCCCGUAGGAAAGAAUGGAAUCUGCUCACAGUGGGCGUGGAUCCAGGGCGUGGGCAGGAGGCAGGGGCACCAGACCCAGAGGAACAGUGUGGUGGGGAAGAGGAGGAGAGCAGGGGGCGUGGAUCCAGGGCGUGGGCAGGAGGCAGGGGCACCAGACCCAGAGGAACAGUGUGGUGGGGAAGAGGAGGAGAGCAGGGGGGCGUGGAUCCAGGGCGUGGGCAGGAGGCAGGGGCACCAGACCCAGAGGAACAGUGUGGUGGGGAAGAGGAGGAGAGCAGGGGGCGUGGAUCCAGGGCGUGGGCAGGAGGCAGGGGCACCAGACCCAGAGGAACAGUGUGGUGGGGAAGAGGAGGAGAGCAGGGGGCGUGGAUCCAGGGCGUGGGCAGGAGGCAGGGGCACCAGACCCAGAGGAACAGUGUGGUGGGGAAGAGGAGGAGAGCAGGGGGCGUGGAUCCAGGGCGUGGGCAGGAGGCAGGGGCACCAGACCCAGAGGAACAGUGUGGUGGGGAAGAGGAGGAGAGCAGGGGGCGUGGAUCCAGGGCGUGGGCAGGAGGCAGGGGCAGCAGACCCAGAGGAACAGUGUGGUGGGGAAGAGGAGGAGAGCAGGGGGCGUGGAUCCAGGGCGUGGGCAGGAGGCAGGGGCACCAGACCCAGAGGAACAGUGUGGUGGGGAAGAGGAGGAGAGCAGGGGGCGUGGAUCCAGGGCGUGGGCAGGAGGCAGGGGCACCAGACCCAGAGGAACAGUGUGGUGGGGAAGAGGAGGAGAGCAGGGGCAUGGAUCCAGGGCGUGGGCAGGAGACAGGGGCACCAGACCCAGAGGAACAGUGUGGUGGGGAAGAGGAGGAGAGCAGGGGGCGUGGAUCCAGGGCGUGGGCAGGAGGCAGGGGCACCAGACCCAGAGGAACAGUGUGGUGGGGAAGAGGAGGAGAGCAGGGGGCGUGGAUCCAGGGCGUGGGCAGGAGGCAGGGGCACCAGACCCAGAGGAACAGUGUGGUGGGGAAGAGGAGGAGAGCAGGGGGCGUGGAUCCAGGGCGUGGGCAGGAGGCAGGGGCACCAGACCCAGAGGAACAGUGUGGUGGGGAAGAGGAGGAGAGCAGGGGGCGUGGAUCCAGGGCGUGGGCAGGAGGCAGGGGCACCAGACCCAGAGGAACAGUGUGGUGGGGAAGAGGAGGAGAGGACACAGAGACCAUUUGAAAAUCUAGGGAAUGGGCAGAUGGGCCCAUGUGGGGUCUUGUUUUGUUUUCUUUGGAUUUUAGGUUGUGGUUUUUAUAAGGAUGUAAAGAUCGUAUUGUGUGUGUUGACUAGGAAGAAAAAGCCAACACAAAAGAAAUCACUGGCGACACAAUACAGGGUAGAAAACCAUUCAUGGAGCCUGGUCCCAGGGCAACGAGGGGAAAGCCAGGUUUCCCGCAUGAGUCCUCAAUAUGUCGUGGAAGGAAAGAGGGAGGGAACAAAUGAGAGCUAUGCGGGACACUUCUAAGGCAAAGAAGUUAAAGAAGCUCACAUUUUCUUUUCCCACCUUAUCAUUCCUCUUUCAACCUGGUUUGUGCUUUUUUUAAAAAAAAAAAAAAAAAAAACCCUUUUAAUUGUGUAAUCAAAUAUUUCAAUUAUUUCUUUCAUGUUUUUGUUUAUUUGGCAUGAAAAUUCAUCUUAAAUGGGUGUGAUCCUUUCAAAAAAUUAAAUGAAGAGAGCAAAACUCUGCAUAAAGUCUGUGUUGUAGGAUUGAGAUGUGUUGCUUGAGAAAAGAGAAAAGGGUUCAGUAGUAGUGUAGUGGGUGUGGGGACGGUGAGGACACUCCAUUAACAAUGGGUUCAAGGAUAGCUGUACGCAGUGAUAGCAAAGGUGAGUGACACACUUCACUAGCAAGACCAGUCAGUCCUGUUUUACAGAAUGCAUUAUCCCCCAAGCUGGCAGUGUUGAGGAGCACGUGAGGCCUAGUAUGUUCUUGGAAAGAAAUCUUUAUUUCCCGAUAAUCACUUCUCAUCCCUGUAUAAAUGCAUGUGACCUGUUUGUAAGAGUAUGAAACAGUUCUGGCGCUGAUGGGAGAGAGAGAUUGGUGCCGUCUUCCCCAAGCUGGGAUUGGCAAGGAGAAUGCAGCAAUAGAAGUCAGGUGAAGCAAGGGUAUCCACGAGAGCAUCACUGCAGUGAUGGGUCACCAGGUCCAAGCCGGCAGAGCAGCUGAGAGGCUGGAGGGGACUCUGGGCUAGAAUAGGAGGAACCAACAAACCGGAAGUCAUAUUGAGGAAGAGCAAGCUCAGGGGUGACAGAUUGAGAAAAGUGGGAAGAUGGGAAACUGAGUCAAAGUCUAGGGCUCAAAUAUGUUCUAAAUGGUGGUGAGAUCCAAGCUGCAACCUACCUAAGUUUAGGUAACAUUAGGGAGGCAACAAGGAUCUACAUUUGAGGAUGCUAGGGCCUGUGUAGAGCCAGAGUGUUUGGAAGAUCUUUAGCCUAGAUGCUGAGCCUAAAAAUGCAGGCUGAAUAUUGACAGGAAAACUGAGCUAGGUAUUGACAUUGUCACGGUAAGGAAAUCAUGAGACAACAGUCACACACUUGGGAAGAAGGUCAAUACUGCCAUGGUGUACACCUGUGCCACCGUACAUGAUAGCCCCGGGGAACGGCUACUGUCUGUGGAGCAGCAGGAGGUGUAAACUGCAGAAGAAUCCGCAGGUUUUGUAGAGACCUCUAGGAUUAGCAGCCCUUCAGAUUUCAUUAGUAACCAGCUCCUGUGAGAUGCUGGCAUUGUCAGAUCAGCCCCGUAAACGAAUCUGCUUAUUUAGCUGAGUCAUCAUUUGUGGUUCUGUGUUGAGAUUUAGCCUUGUUUGUUUCUGCCUGAGAAACUGGUAUGUGACCAGAAGUAAAGGAAAUUGAUUAUUCUGAGUGACUGGCCUAGUGAAGAUUCUAUCUGCCAUACUUACAUCUCCUAUGAUGAGGCACAGUAAGAAAUUAUUGAUAAGCAGAGCCAUAGUCUAAAGUGUGUUGUAAGCAUGAUGGGGCAAAAUAUUAUAAAACCCAGCUUAGUAAUGUUGUUUCUCCAAAAAUGAAACACAGCAUUACCGUAGGAUGCAACAAUGACACUUCUGGCUAUAUACUCAAAGGAAGUGAAAGCAGGGUCUUGAUUAGGUCUUUGUACACCCUAUAUGGGUAGCUGCAUUUUCACAAUAGGAAACAGGUGCAGCCCAAGUGUCCAUGGAUGGAUGAAGGGAUAAACAAAAUGUGGUCUAUACAUACAAUGGAAUAUUAUGUAGCCUUAAAAAGGAAGGAAAUUCUGAUACAUGCUAUAACAUGGAUGAGUCUGGAGGACAUGAUGCUAGGUGAAAUAAGCCAGGCACAAAAGAACAAAUACUGUGCUAUUCCAAUUAUAUGAGCUACUAAAGUCAAAUUCAUAGAGAUAGAAAGUAGAAUGGUGGUUGCCAGGGGCUGGGUGAUGAGGGGCUGGGGAAGGCGGAGGGGUGAGGAUGGAGAGUUGGCAUUUGAUGGGUAACGUGUUUCAGUUUUGGAAGAUGAGCAAAUUUUGGAGCUGAAUGGUGGUGAUAGUAGAAAAACAAUGUAAAUGUAUUUCAUGUCACUGAAAUUACACAUAAUUACAGUUUAAAUGGUAAAUUUUGCUAUGAAUAAUUAAACACCUUUUUAAAAAGAAAAACAUGAAUAGGUCCUUCUGGAAAAGGGCUUUACAUGCUAAAUCUUGUGUUACAUAUAUUUUGCCACAGUAAGGAAAAAAUAAAAAUAAAAACUUAGCCCUGACUUUGA